AUGUCACCUAACUUGCUUAAAACGUUUGUCCAGAACCGAACUGUUGAAAUUCAGGAAUUAACUAGUACUGCUUCGUGGCGUCACGUGAGAGGAGAACAUAAUCCAGCUGACCUGAUCACUCGCAGUCGCAAUUUAGACGACCUUUGGGGCACCGCCAUGUGGUGGGAUGGACCUCAGUUUCUUCACGAUAUUAAUAUUGACUUUAAUUCGGAGUCCUAUAACACCUCAAAUUUACCAGAGUUGAAAUCUGUUGCAACAGUCACCUUGACUGUUAGUCAGGAUGCUGGAGUGUGGUUUCCAUUUCAGAGGUUCUCGCAGUUUAAUAGAAUGAAGCGUACUAUGGCGUACUUAUUACGGUUUGUUUAUAACGCGCGCAAUAAACCGAGUGAGAGGCACACGGGCGCGUUCGAUGCAUCUGAAAAUAAUGAAGCCGAACUAUCCCUCGCUAGACUGUCGCAGUAUGAGUCAUAUCGAGACGUAUACGAUUGUUUGUCGAAGAAACAAUCAUUAAAAAAUAUGCACGCUAGUUUAACCAAGUUAAAUUUAUUUCUCGACGAAUCUAAUUUGAUAAGGGUAGGAGGACGUUUAGAAAAUUAUUCCGAAUUUAACUUUAAUAAAAAACACCCGAUUUUAAUUUCAGGCAGACAUCAUUUUGCUCUAUUACUAUUUCGUUAUGAGCACCGCAGGCUUUUACAUGCGCCGCCACAAGCGUUAGUAUUUGCUUUGAGGGAUUCUUGGUGGCCUGUCAGAGCGCGAGAUUUAGCCAGGAAGGUCGUUCAUGAGUGUGUCACAUGCAGACGAAUGCGCGGUCAAACAUUAACGCCUAUAAUGGGCAACCUUCCACGGGAACGCCUUCAACCAGGUUACCCAUUUUUAUAUUGCGGCGUCGAUUACGCUGGCCCAGUGCUCAUACUAAACCGUAAAGGGAGAGGAGCUAAAUCUAUUAAAUCAUACAUAUGCUUAUUCGUAUGUUUUGUAACGCGUGCGGUUCACCUGGAGCUGGUGAGUGAUCUCUCAUCUGAUGCUUACCUGCUGUCAUUAAAACGUUUCAUUUCGCGCCGAGGUAAACCGGCCGAAAUUUUCAGUGAUAACGGCAAAAAUUUUGUUGGUUUAAUGAACGACUUUUCAAAAUUCCUUUCAAGUAUAUCAGGAGAAAUUAAAGAUUACGCAUUAUCUCAAAAUAUUAAAUUUCGAAUGAAUCCUCCGUAUGCUAGUCAUUUCGGUGGUUUAUGGGAAGCGGGGGUUAAAAGUUGCAAAUAUCACUUGCGACGAACCGUAGGCAAUGCACGAUUGACUUUUGAAGAGCUCAGUACAGUGUUGACUCAAAUCGAGGCUGUCCUGAACUCCAGGCCCUUGUCUCCGAUGUCAAGUGACCCACACGAUCUUUUGCCCCUAAGUCCGGCACACUUCUUGGUCGGCCGCCCAUUGACUUCGCCAGUGUUCGCUGACCUGCACGACAUCCCCGACCAUCGAUUGACACGAUACCAGAGAAUCGAAAAAAUCCGUCAGCAUUUUUGGACUCGAUGGUCACGCGAAUACGUCUCUGAACUGCAAUCUCGAUCCAAGUGGAGAUUCCAGACUGACGACCUCAAAGAGAAUACACUUGUCAUCAUCAAAGAAGAUAACUUGCCCCCAUUGAAAUGGUGCCUUGGGCGCAUAAUCAAGACAUACCCAGGAAAGGACGGUGUCUCCAGGGUCGCCGAGAUAAAAACAGCAACGACAACGGUCCGACGCGCGUUCUCCAAAAUUUGCCCGCUUUUGGAGAUUGAAGCAUCUUCAUCGUAAUAUUCAUCUAUUGGAAACCUAGGGUUUCCAAGGCCGGGAGUAUGGAUAUAAACUGUGCAUGUAUCUGUCAUUGAACUUUUUACUUAAUCUGUGCUGUAUAGUGCAACCAAUAAACACUUACUUAAAAGUGACAUUUGAGUGCUCCCAUUGGCUAUUGAUGUGACGUCAGGACGUUUGACAAGUGCAAUUUUCUAUUCUAAAACUUUUACGCGGCAAGUGCAGCCAUAUUUUUUUCACGCACGUGCGAACUCGCAAUAAGUUUAGCAAAAGUUACAAAAGUGCAUCACAUUCAAGACAAUAUCAAGAAAGUAAGCUUCAGGUAGCCUGCUUCAUACGCGC